AUGAACCCCAACACACUCAUGAGCCACGGCGUCCCGAUAUUUCGGACCAAUCAGUGCGCAGGAGAGUUUGUCAUCACGUUCCCCAGAGCCUAUCACAGCGGAUUCAACCAAGGAUUCAACUUCGCUGAGGCUGUCAACUUCUGCACCAUGGACUGGAUGCCGAUUGGCCGCAGCUGCAUUGAGCACUACAGGGGGCUCAGUAGAUAUUGCGUGUUCUCCCAUGAUGAGAUGGUCUGUAACAUGGCUGUGAAAGCGGCCAACAUGGAGGUCAAUCUGGCCUCGGUUCUGACUAAAGAAGUGGAAGACAUGGUUCGAGAGGAGGAGGAGCUCAGGAACAAAGCCUCACAACUGGUGAGUAUAAAACCCACCAUCUGUCAAUGUGUUUUUGUAUUGCUCCUCCUCUCACACAUGUCUCCUCCCCCUCUCACAUGUCUCCUCCCCCUCACACAUGUCUCCUCCCCCUCUCACAUGUCUCCUCCUCUCACAUGUCUCCUCCCUCUCACAUGUCUCCUCCCCCUCUCACAUGUCUCCUCCCUCUCACAUGUCUCCUCCCUCUCACAUGUCUCCUCCCUCUCACAUGUCUCCUCCCUCUCACAUGUCUCCUCCCCCUCUCACAUGUCUCCUCCCUCUCACAUGUCUCCUCCCCCUCUCACAUGUCUCCUCCCCCUCUCACAUGUCUCCUCCCUCUCACAUGUCUCCUCCCUCUCACAUGUCUCCUCUCACAUGUCUCCUCUCACAUGUCUCCUCUCACAUGUCUCCUCCCCCUCUCACAUGUCUCCUCCCUCUCACAUGUCUCCUCCCCCUCUCACAUGUCUCCUCCCUCUCACAUGUCUCCUCCCUCUCACAUGUCUCCUCACUCUCACAUGUCUCCUCCCCCUCUCACAUGUCUCCUCCCCCUCUCACAUGUCUCCUCCCCCUCUCACAUGUCUCCUCCCUCUCUCACAUGUCUCCUCUCACAUUUCUCCACCCCCUCUCACAUGUCUCCUCCCCCUCUCACAUGUCUCCUCCCCCUCUCACAUGUCUCCUCCCCCUCUCACAUGUCUCCUCCCCCUCUCACAUGUCUCCUCCCUCUCACAUGUCUCCCCCCUCUCACAUGUCUCCCCCCUCUCACAUGUCUCCUCCCUCUCACAUGUCUCCUCCCUCUCACAUGUCUCCUCCCCCUCUCACAUGUCUCCCUCCUCUCACAUGUCUCCUCUCUCUCACAUGUCUCCUCUCUCUCACAUGUCUCCUCCCUCUCACGUGUCUCCUCCCUCUCACGUGUCUCCUCCCUCUCACGUGUCUCCUCCCCCUCUCACGUGUCUCCUCCCCCUCUCACGUGUCUCCUCCCUCUCACGUGUCUCCUCCCCCUCUCACAUGUCUCCUCCCCCUCUCACAUGUCUCCUCUCACAUGUCUCCUCCCUCUCUCACAUGUCUCCUCCCCCUCUCACAUUUCUCCUCCCCCUCACAUUUCUCCUCCCCCUCACAUGUCUCCUCCCCCUCUCACAUGUCUCCUCCCCCUCUCACAUGUCUCCUCCCUCUCUCACAUGUCUCCUCUCUCACAUUUCUCCUCCCUCUCUCACAUGUCUCCUCCUCCUCUCACUUCCUCCUCCCCCUCACAUGUCUCCUCCCCCUCUCACAUGUCUCCUCCCCUCUCACAUGUCUCCUCCCCCUCUCACAUGUCCUCCUCCUCCCCCCCCCUCUCACAUGUCUCCUCCCCCUCUCACAUGUCUCCUCCCUCUCACAUGUCUCCUCCCCCUCUCACGUCUCCUCCCUCUCACAUGUCUCCUCCCUCUCACAUUUCUCCUCCCCCUCCCCCCUCCCCCUCACAUGUCUCCUCCCCUUCUCACAUGGGGCGCGGUGAACCGGCGGACUGUCAACGGGAGAAAGGAGGAAGAGGCUCCUCCUCUUCCUCCUUUCUCCUUGAGGGCGAAAGCACCGGAGAGAGCACAGGCGUCCUCUACCACCAGCGCGGGCGAGGGAAGACUCAGCGCGCAAACUGUUCCGCGGCGGAGAGGCCCUGCAGUACGGAUCGGACCACGGAGGAGCUCGGCACUGCGUUUGGAGAAGGCUAAGCGUGGUGAGCAGUUCUGA